AGUUGGCUGAUACAGUAGCUAGCUAAGCUAACUCCUAUCGUAUGCUACUGGAAGACAUGGAGGCUGUGUUUUGCAGCCAACACUGACAGUUCCGUUGUUGAAAGUUUACAUAAUAUAAGAAGAUACAUCGAAAUACAUUUGAAAACCAAGCUGCCAGUUCAGGCCUGACCAUGGAGUCCAUGCUGAACAAACUAAAAAGCACUGUCACUAAAGUGACAGCAGAUGUCACCAGUGCUGUAAUGGGUAACCCAGUGACUCGGGAGUUUGAAGUGGGGAGGCAUAUUGCCAGCGGAGGUCCUGGCAUGUGCUGGAGAAUCUACAACGGCACCAAGAAGUCCACCAAGCAGGAAGUGGCAGUGUUUGUGUUUGAUAAGAAGGUGGUUGACAAGUACCAGAGGUUUGAGAAGGAACAAAUCAUUGAUUCACUGAAAAGAGGGGUGCAGCAGCUGACCAGACUGCGUCACCCGCGUCUACUGACCGUGCAACAUCCCCUGGAGGAGUCGAGAGACUGUCUGGCCUUCUGUACAGAGCCAGUGUUUGCAAGUCUGUCCAAUGUUCUUGGUCAGUGGGACAACUUGCCCAGUCCUGUACCCAAUGACAUCAAGGAUUACAAACUGUAUGAUGUUGAGACCAAGUAUGGUCUGUUACAGAUCUCUGAGGGUUUGGCCUUUCUUCACAGUGGUGUGAAGAUGGUCCAUGGAAACCUGUGUCCACAAAACAUCAUUAUUAACAAAAGCGGAGCCUGGAAGAUCAUGGGCUUUGACUUCAGCAUCUCCUCCACAAACCCCUCUGAUGCUGAACCUAAGUACACAUGUAAAGAAUGGGAGCCUAACCUGCCUCCACUCUGCCUCCCCAACCCUGAAUACCUGGCCCCUGAGUACAUUCUUUCGGUCAGCUGUGACUCGGCCUCCGACAUGUACUCACUGGGUGUAAUAUUCCAUGCCAUCUUUAAUGAGGGCAAGCCUGUUUUCCAAGUUAACAAACACGAUAUAUUUAAGAGCUUCAGCAGGCAGCUGGACCAGCUGAGCAGCAUGAGUCCAACUGUGUUGAACAAAAUCCCAGAGGAGGUGAGAGAACAUGUCAAAAUGCUGCUCAGCGUCACCCCUAAUGUGCGCCCUGAUGCAGACCAGAUGACCAAGAUACCAUUUUUUGAUGACGUCGGUGCGGUGACUCUUCAGUAUUUUGACUCCCUUUUCCAGAGGGACAACUUACAGAAGUCUCAGUUCUUUAAAGGCCUGCCCAAAGUGUUGCCCAAACUGCCCAAGAGAGUGGUGGUUUACCGAAUCCUGCCAGCGUUGACCUCUGAGUUCAUCAACCCUGACAUGGUUCCCUUUGUGUUGCCUAACGUGCUGCUGAUCGCAGAGGAGUGCACCAAGGACGAGUACGUUCGUCUCAUAAUGCCUGACCUCACACCGGUUUUCAAGCAGCAGGAGCCAGUACAGAUCCUGCUGAUCUUCCUGCAGAAGAUGGACCUGCUGCUGACCAAAACACCAGCAGAGGACAUCAAGAACAGUGUGCUGCCCAUGGUCUAUAGAGCCCUCGAAGCUCCUUCGGUACAGAUCCAGGAGCUGUGUCUGAACAUCAUCCCAACUUUUGCCAACCUGAUUGAUUAUCCAUCCAUGAAGAACUCGCUCAUCCCCAAAGUCAAAUCAGCUUGUCUGCAGACGUCCUCAUUAGCGGUGCGAGUGAACUCCCUGGUGUGCCUGGGAAAGAUUUUGGAAUAUCUGGACAAAUGGUAUGUCCUUGACGAGAUCCUGCCCUUCCUGCAGCAGAUCCCUUCGAAGGAACCAGCAGUGCUCAUGGGUAUUUUAGGAAUCUACAAAUGUACCUUCAGCCACAAAAAGCUGGGGAUAACCAAAGAAAACCUCGCCUCCAAGAGCCUGCCGCAUUUAAUCUCACUGAGUAUAGACAACAACCUCAACCUGAAUCAGUUUAACUCCUUCAUGGUGGUGAUACGGGAAAUGCUGACACGCAUGGAGUCUGAACACAAGACCAAGCUGGAGCAGCUGCACAUCAUGCAGGAGCAGCAGAGAAGUAUGAAUAUUUCAAACCCAGCCAAUCAGUCAGAGGAAACCAAGAGUCCACCGACCUCCAGCAACCAGAUCGAAGACAUUUUCGGCAGCUCGGGUGUGAAUGGAAAAGAGAAUGGUUCUGCAACGACAGCAUCCCAGCCUAAUAGAAUGUCUCUUACGUUGGAGGAGAAGCAGCGACUGGCUAAGGAGCAGGAACAAGCAGCCAAACUGAGGAAGCAGCAGCCAUUGGCGCCAGAGUCUGUCAAACCUGCUGCCAACAAUAAUUCCCAGACUAAGGAUUUGACCAGUAGUCUUCUCAACAACAUGACAUCACUGAACAACCUUUCGUUGGCCAACACACCACGGCCAACACCAGUGCAGGGCUCCACCAUGCCUCACUUCAUCUCCUCUGGCCCCAUGGCUGCUCCUGUCUCCAACGGCUUCAACCCCAACAUGGGCUUUCAGGCAGGUGUUAUGGGUAUGGGUAUGCGACCCACGACCCCCGGCCUUUAUGGCGGCAUGGCCUCCACUACUAGUACUCCAAACUUUGGUGCUCUGUCGCAGACAAACAAAGCCCCCAACAUGUCAGUCCUGGACAGUCUGUUCACAUCCAGCAAACCCAAAGUCACACUCAACCAAUUGGGCCCCACGGCUACAACCCCAGGGACCAACUCAACUUGGGGCAAUCAGUUCACUCCAGCCCAGAAUGCUCAGACUCAGAUGCAGGCUGUCCCUGCAGGAAUGGGAGGAAUGGUGACUGGCUUUGGGAUGCAAGCCAACCCUUUCUUCAGUCCACAGAACUUUUCCCAACCUGUACCCACCCCUAAUAUGAACCAAAGUGGAAUGAAACAAAGUGGGUCAGUCAACAAUGACCUGAAAGACUUAUUUGGCUAAAUCUAAGAAUGGCAGAUUUCACAUAGAGAAUAUUAUUUUAUGUAUCUUGGACAAAGAGAGUCUUGAAUUCUAAAAAACAAAACAAAAAACACUGAUUGAAUGUGAAGAAAUGAAAAAAACAUUUUUUUAAAUCUAAACUUGAAUCUUGCUCAGAUUUUGCUGGUAAAUUAACCCUCACUUAUAUUUCCAUCCGUAGCUAUUGAGGACUGAACAUUUGUAGGGCCGAAGGGAAACUUCUUCUAUACUGAUAUCGUCAAAUGCUGGGGGUUUUCUUACGAUUUUGUACUUGAUUUUCUGGGAAGUCCAUGUGUCGUAGGUAAGGUGAAGAAUACCAGCUUGGUUCUAACUUUAAGAAGGUUUUUUGCGUUUAUAUGAGGAAAAGAUUGAACUGGAUGAGCUUCGCUGCAUUAACCGACCAAAAGUCACACUGCCAUCCCCACCUUCAGCCAACUGCACAUCUUUUCUGUCCACAGACAGAACGUCAGAGCCCAGUGAAGACGACUCACCAUUGUAGCACUAAACAGUAGAUCUCAGAGGGAGUUGUGUGAAACAUAGCUGUUCGUGAAAAAAUAGCUAACAGCUAGGAAUGGCGAAAGGAAUCCUCAUUAGUUUGUCAUUGGUCAUCAGGAAAGCCUGUUUUAAUGAAUCUAUGACAGGUAAGUUGGAAUAAGAGAAAAUCUAACCCAUUUCCUACCAACAUCAUGCAUGGUUUUAUCGGUACAUGUGAGAGGAGUGGAAUGAUUGGAAUCGCUGUGCAGCGCUAUCUUUAGCCUUUGACCAGUUGGACCAGUCAAACGUGGCUUUUCUUGAACCUCUUCACUAAAUCUAUGUGCAAGAAAUAUCUUUUCUUUCACACAUCGAUAAGGGUCAGCUGUUUUAUUUCCAUAUUUGGGGUUUAAGUCUUACAAACAAUAAAUAGCCACAUGAGCAAUGAACACGUUUUUUUUUUUUUUUUUUUUUAGGUAGAAUGUGAUGUUCGUAGGUCUCAAAGCUUUGUCUUUUUAAUCCUGUUGAGAAAGCAGGUAUGGGGAAGUUUAACCUCUAAAAGUUUUGUUCAUCACAGAGUUCUGUUUGUAGGCAAAAACAUGAACAUUUUCUUCGUUUAGUUCCUUGUGGUCUUGAUAUACAACCAGGAAAUAGAUAAAUUGUUUAAUUCCUAAUGUGCUCAAACUAUUGUUACAAGUGCACUGGAGAUGAGCAGGUGGGGUUUUUUUUUUUUUUCUUUUUAGCUUACGGACAGUAUUAAUUAACAAGUAACUCUAACCCUGAGGAGCAGGGCUGUACGUUUUAGCCAAAAAAUUGUGGUUUGCUUUGGGUGUGAUGCCUUAAAUCAGAACGUGUGUAAAAGGAAUUAUCACUCAUCUGUUACUGGAGUACUAAUAUUUUAUCAGCUAACUUUUUUUGACGAGUUACUGAAUAGUGAUUCCCUUCUUAGUGACCAAUGAUCUCUAGUUUACACAUCUACCUGAUUGUGCUCAAAAGUAAGUUUAGAAAUCAUUUAAUAUUCCUUUUCUGUUUGUACAGUAUAUGAAGAUGAUCACACUUAUUUUAUUUGGUUCCUGCACUUUUUAUCUAUCAAGGGACCAGUGCUGACGACCUGUGGUAAAGUGUAAAUAUAAAGAUGGUUAUUUAAAAUCUACUGGUCUUUCUGUGAGGGUGGUAAUUGUCAAAGAGGCCUUAUAUGAAUAGUGUGCAAUAAUCCUUGGUUUUUGGAGGUGGUAUCUGUUAGCUCCAUUAGCUUCAUUUUAUGUGUACUUAUCCAAAACACAACACUGUUGGUUUUUUAAUUGUUAAAACAGCUUAACAGCUUGAAUCUGCACUCAUCCCUGAGAUUAAAAUACGAAUAAAGACAAUAGCGACGUUCUCAUGAUUUGGAUUCACCUUUGCUUGCUAUUUGUGCUGGAUUUGAACCACUUCAUCGGAUUUCCAUGUACUAGAAAUUCUAUCAGCAGCAGGAAGCAGCUCUGCUUUUGUUAACUGUUAUAUUGGGUGUGUUUAGGUUUAGUUUGUCUUUUUGUCCUGACUAUUGAAAUAUUGGUGUCUCGAUCUGUUCAAUGUGGAAGUCACAAUGUGUGACAUUUUUCUUUUUCUAAUGAAGAAGGUGAUGUGAGAUUAGGAUAUUUAAUCCUGAAAGUGGAUAUAAAAAAAAAAAAAACAGAAAAACAACUAUUCUUCUACAAGUCCAUUUGUAGUCCACUACUGCUGUCACAUAUGGUUUGUGUGGCUUGUGUUGUAUGUGCUAAAGUUCUGGUCUCUGAGGUGGUGAAAUCUGUACGUAUAAAGAAAUCUCCACAA